GCCUUCCCCCUCCCACUUUGGGCUUUUGAGUGAGAGUGCCUCAGCAGCAACAGCAGCAUGCUCCUCUCUCUCCCUCUCCCUCAUUCUUGCGCUCCCUCCUCGUCUACCUCAGGCACUCUCUCUCUCUUACUCUCCUUCAGUCACAGGGGGGGAUUCUCCGUAACCAGCUGUAGUUCACAGUGUGAGCCUCCCUACACUCACUCAUCAUCACCGUUCCUCUGAGGUUGUUCUGUCUUUAUUUUUUUUUUUUUGCAUUUUUCCACUCUGAAUUUAAUUCCUCAGCUGCUGAUGUCACAGCUUACAUCAAGUGUGUGUGUGGAUGCUACCAAGGUGCGAGGGAUGGGGAGAGGAGACAACUUUGAGGCUGCGGACACUGCACCUCUCCACUGAACCGAGACUCUUUGGACAGGAGCAAAGUGAGACAAAGCAUGGCUGAUGGACGUGCAGCCGAGUGUUGAACGACCCCUCGAUCCAGGGAGGCAGCUCAGAAAUGACCACCAUGUCCAUGGAGCCUGUGCGAGUCCUCUCAGAAAGGGGCACCAAUGCCACUGACCCCCCGGUGAACUCUCACGAGGACACCGCCGCCACCUUCACCAUCGGCACCAUCCUCUCCAUCAUGUGCCUCGUCGGCGUCUCGGGGAACAUCUACACCUUGGUGGUCAUGUGCCAGUCCAUGAGGACGGCGGCGUCCAUGUACAUCUACAUUAUAAACUUGGCUCUGGCCGACCUGCUGUACCUGCUCACCAUCCCCUUCAUCGUCUGCACACACUUCCUGAAGGGGUGGUACUUCGGGAACACGGGCUGCCGGAUUCUGAUCAGCAUGGACUUCCUGACCAUGCACGCCAGCAUCUUCACGCUGACCAUCAUGAGCACGGAGCGCUACUUUGCCGUGCUCAAGCCACUCGACACGGUGAAGCGGUCUAAAAGCUACCGGAAGGCCAUAGCUCUGCUGGUGUGGGCGGCCUCUCUUAUUCUGACUCUGCCGAUGGUUGUGAGCAUCCAGCUCAUGACAGUGGGCACCAAGGCCAUGUGUCAGUCCACCCUGUCCCGACUCUCCUACAAGGUUUACAUCUCCUUCCUGUUUUGCACUAGCAUCGUUGCUCCAGGACUGAUCAUCGGCUUUCUCUACACUCAGCUCGCACGCACCUACUGGGUUUCACAGACGGAGACCUUCAAACAGACCAAGAAACUCCCCAAUCAAAAGGUGUUGUACCUGAUCUUCACCAUCGUGCUCCUCUUCUGGGCGUGCUUCCUGCCGUUCUGGAUCUGGCAGCUGCUGUUCCAGUUCUACCCGACGCUGUCGCUCUCCGCCGAAGCCAAGCGCAACAUCAACUACCUGACCACGUGCCUGACGUACUCCAACAGCUGCAUCAACCCCUUCCUCUACACACUGCUCACCAAGAACUACAAGGAGUACCUGCGGAAGCACAAGCGCUCCUGGUCGGCUGGCAGCUACUUCAACAGAAGGAGCCGGUUCCAGCGUUCGCCCCGGAGGUCACCGUCGUCCAGCAGUCAGCAGUGUACGGAGAGCUUCAUGCUCACACACACGGCCUCCCUGCGAGCUCACAACAGCAGCUUGUGAGGUUUUGAUACGAGAGCGGAGCCUGCGGGGGUAAUAGGGAGAUGAAAUGAGACGCACAGUCGUGGACCCUGAAUGCCUCAUCACCUCCGCGAGGACAAUGACGACAGAAGCUUCUUUUGCAUUCGCAAUUAAGCAUCCAUGGACUCGACGUGGUUGUACGAGCACCAGCGGGGGACUGCUCGAGGAGAUGCUGUUCAAGACAAUUUAAAAAAAAACACUUUCACAUCAACUACAACAACAAAAAAGAAGACUCUUAACUUUUUAUGCCUUCUCAUAUGUUUACCGUCUGUCCUCCUCAAGCUGCAUUUGCGUCACCGACUUAUUUACUGGUGAUUGAGAGGAGAUCCUUCCACAGUGGGAGCGAAGCAGCUGGUGGUGCAAGAGGUACUGAUUCAACAGGGGUUUGAUUUUAGAAAAAGAAAAAACGUCGUAAAACAAAAAGGAAAAAUAAAACAUUAUUAUAGUGCCGUAAAAAUAACAAAAAAGAAAAACACAUGGCAGAUGAACUGGGCCUCUGUUGGGAGGAAUAUCUAAGAGUCGCAGGACUCUCAUAGCUGUACAGUGUCGCGAUAGACAGCAGCAGCUAGUUUGUUUAACUGAGCACAGGGAUAGUGGGAAACAUAGAUUAGCCGUGUCUAAAGGUAACAAAAUACAUCUCACAGCACCUUUCAUGGGGGACUCGCAUGAUGGUGAUGUGAUUUCUGCAGUAUCUGUCAUGGUUGGGUGCAUUUAUUUAAAAAAAAGUGUUGUCCGAGAACGUCGCUCGAAUGGUGUGGUGUUUGAGCUAAAUGUGCCACUCAGGCCUUGUCUAGACUGCAGCCCAAAUCUGACCAUACUAAAAUUGUCGUCUCUAGUCUCUUCCACAUGGAUUUCUAUACUUACAGACCAAAUACUGGGGGCUUUUAUUCUGAAAAAACCCCAAGAUGCUUAAUGUUGUAUUUGUGUAGGAAUGUCCCACGAAAUUGAAGCGUUGUGUUCCGUCAUCAGGCAAAAAUAAAACACUCUGACUGACGGAGUGUGUAGUCAAUGGAAGCUGAUACAUUGACUAAAGUCAAUUGCACCCAGCGAUACAUCUUCUGCUUAAAAAGAAAACCUCAUGUGGAUUUUGUUACCUUUUUUCCCCCCUUAUUACAGCCUUGAAGCUAAGCUAAAUAGCUGCUAGUGUGCAUCAUAUUUACAACACAGGCCUUUAUUGAUGUCAAUCUUCUCAUCUCAAUGGCAAGAAAGUGACUUACUAUUCCUUGAGGAAUAGAGGAGAUGCAACGACGAAUCAGAAAACAGCAGUGAUUUAAACAAAUUAGUUUGAAAGGAACUGCAAUUUCACUCUGGUGAAAACAUGAAGCCAAACUAGUCUGCAUAUAGUAAUCUGCCUGUAUUUAUUCUCAUCAUCCAUCACGUGUAACAACACUUUUUUUUUUUUUGCAGUGCUGUUUUCUGUUCAAAAUGCCGUCGCCAUGCUCUCGACAACACCAAAAUCAUAUUCAUCAGUGCCAAAAGUUACUCCACAUUGUAUAAAGAAAUAUGAAAAAAUGUCGCCUAGAACAACUGCUGUGCAUCAAGCCGGCAGCAGAGAACAGUCUCAUCUCCUGCUCACAGAAGCCUGAAUGCUACAGUGUCCAGCUGCUCGGCGGAAAUGAUUUUUGCCCUUUUUUUUAGAAAUAAAGAACAAACGCUGAAACAUUUCCUCAACAUCUUCAUCGUGAACUGAUUUACGUGGACUGAGGGUUGGAGUUUGCUUUAUAUAUAUAUAACGACGUCAACGUCGCGCAAAAACAAAAUGUCUCUUUGGCUCUGUGAAAUCACUCGAGAAUUUUGGUGAAUGUUUUUGAAUUAAUUGUACAAAAAAAAAAACACUGUUUAAAAUUUAAUAUAUUGGUUGUGGAACAAAUAAAUAAAUAAUAAAAUAAAAAAAUAAAAAAAAUGAAAAAAUGACCAUAUAGAUAUGAUAGCUGAUGUAUUUUGGUCUGUUUGCAGAUAUCUGAAUGCCUUUUGCAUGUCCGUAGUGUAACUUGAUGCUCCUGUGCAUUGCUAUAAAGUUCUACAAGAUCCCAACUAAAC